AACUCUGCUUUAUGAUUCUGAGCUUCAUCAUAAUAUAUGUGGAUGACAUUGAUCAUGUUAUCCUCUCUCUCCCAAAACCAACUAGGAAAACCCAUCAAAUUUUCCUCAUUACCCAUUUCUUAACUGUCAUUAACUAACCCUAUGGAACUCUCCCUCUUCCUCUGCAAUCAACCCAGUUCAGCCCUCCUUCACAAGCCUCUCUCCAUUGUACUUCCAAGGAAGAGACUGACCAAGGGGAAUUCGUGUUUCUUUCCAUGUCGAUGCUCACUGUCGUCCUCAGAUGAGGCUGCUGAACUGUGCCGGUACUCGUUGCCGCCUGAGGGAAGAAGGGCAUUUGUUGGUUCUUUCAUCACAGCUGUUUCCGGAAUUUAUUUCUCUCAUGUGGCUGAGGCUGUCAGCACAAGCAGAAGAGCUGUAAGAAUC